AUGUCGCUGCCAACCGGGCGCCGCAAGGGCACCUGCUCGCUGUGGCUGAAGCGCAACUGGGUCCUGCUGUCGCUUUUGGGCCUGGCGCUGGCCUCCGCCGCGCUGAGCGUUUUGCUCUACCUGGAACCAUGCGACAAGAAGACGCAGUACGACACGCACAACACGUCGUCCGUCAUCAACGUCACGAGCUACGCGAAUCGCACCGUUUUAGAGAACGUGCGGCUCCGGCGCAGAAAUCUCAACAGUACCCGCGCGGCGGCCGCGGCGAUGGCGUGCCCCGACGCGCCCCGUCGCAGGUUACGGUCUACGAGACGGUCAUUGAGUUGGAAAACAUCACGACGACGCAGAACGUUAGCUUCCUUGUUAAUAACACGGUACGCUACAACGCCACGUACAACAUGUCGUACGACGUGUCGCGAAAUGUUAGCUAUGACGUCGUUUACAAUCAGACCUACAAUAUUACGUACAACACGACCGUGAACGUGACCGAGUACGUCAACACGACCGUGAACGUGACCACGACGUACAACGUGAGCACGCACCAGCCCCUCGACGUGGUCCUCGCGCUCGACGCGUCGCGGUCAGUGACUCGGAGCAGGAACUCAACUCGAAUGUGAAUGAGACCACAUUGUUCAACGCAGGUCCGUCUCGGACGCGGACUUUGUCGCGGAGAACCGCGCCAGCCGCGAAUUACUAAAGGGCCUCCGCGACUCGCUGACGGGCGACUUGCACGCGGGCGUCGCCGUCUGGGCGGUCGACGGCGUGUCGCGGCGGGAUUUGACAUCAAUUGCCAACGCGACGGAAAUUGAUGAAAUGGAGGACGUCGCCCGGCUGCCCUACUGCGCGGCCGUCCCGCCGCCCUAUUCGGAGCAGGCCGAGACCUACUCAAACUACUUCUGCGUGGGCGACCCGUCAGCGACUCGGAGCAGGAAUGAAUUUGAACUUGCCGGGGUCGCGUCGAUGGCGUCAAUUUGUCGUUCAACGCAGGCCGGCCGUCCAAGAUGAGGACCACGCCUACGACCUGCGCCACGACGCCUCGCAAGUCUGGGGCCUCACCACGGGCACGUACUACGCCCAAGCUUUACUCAGGUGCCACGACGCGCUGAUACCACAGAACGACGCCUUCCGGCUCUGCGUCGUCGUGACGGACGGCCAGAUCGACGAAGAUAGAUACGCGCAAUGUGUCGAUGACGUACGUCAACCGACGAUGACCUACACGGCGAAUAUGACUGGAGACUACUACGACGCGGGCACCGAGAUUUAUAAGGACGACUGCGGCUGGCACGCGAGCGUGCGGUGGAUCGCGCCGGGGGCCUACGCCUUCUGCCAAAGCCAUUCCAUAGCGGAGUGCACCGUCGACGCCAUUGCCGCUACUCUGAAGGCCAACGGCAUUAAAGUCCUCAGCGUCCUCGUGAGCGAGAACAACGAUUUAGAACCAUACGUCGAGCGGAUGGCCGCGCUCGCGUCGUGCGACGGCUACGAGGUGGCGAGCUGCCCCUACAUCGUCGAGGAGGCGGACUUCGCUUCUUUAACAGACGCGGCCUCGACGAUCGCCGGGGACGUCGCUUUGAACGUGGAGCUGCGCACUUCUGUUGUAGAGGAGACGAUUUCCGUAGAAACGACUUUACCAAUUGUCGUGCCGCGGCAGCGCCUCCAUGAGGAGGAGGUGACCGAGACCGUCACGCGGCAGGAAACGAUUAGUGUGGUCGAGCCGGAGGUCCGCCAGGAGACGCGCCAGGAGAUUAGUGUGUCCACUGUGAUCGAGACGACGCAGGAGGAGAUUACAAGGGAGGUCGAGGUCGAGUCCAUUGAAACUAGAACAUCGGAAGAACUCGUCACGCUCACCGAGGAGCACGUCCAACCCAUGGAGAUCACGGAGGAGACCGUGACGCAAAAGACGAUCUGCACCGGUUCGCCAAUUUCGUUCUCGCUGUUGGUGCUGGCGUUGCCGUUGUUGGCCUACCUGUUCCUCAAACCAAUCCUGAACUGCCUCGAGAACUGCUGCUGCCCCUACUACGACGAUGAGGAGGAUUUGCUGGUCAUGCACGCGAAUCCGGCGUUCGGCAUCGACCAGGAGGAUUUGUCAAGGGCGCGGCCCAUGCGCCGCCGGUCGACGAUCGACAAGUUGCUGACGCGAGCUAAACACCUGCGGAAGAAGAAGCAUGUGGGCGCGCCCCUCUCGCCCCUGCGCACGGCCUCACCCAAAAGUAAUGAAGAGCCCCGCCGCCGGAGCGCCCCGUUAUUGGCGAGAGACGCCGACACGGACUGGUCCUCGGGCGUCGCCGCGGUCUACGACGGCGACGACUGGCAGGAGUCCGUGGCCGACUUCGUCAUCAACUUGGUGUGUUGCCGCUUCUGCCGCAAGGCCCCCGAGGAGUUCGAGGCCGUCUGA